CACCCCGCCGCAGGAGCCUGGGGCUAGAGAGGAAGGAUGGAGCAGUCCUACGCUUUAGAUUCUUCACCAUGUGCCCGAGGAGGUGGACACCGCAUGCAUCCACGUGCGUUUGGAGGGGCAUCAGCACAGACAGCCCACGGAACGUCACAAAGCCGCCGCACGCUGGAGCCCGGCGCCCAGUGCGCACGCUCAGCACCCAGCCGCGCGACGCAGGCGCACUGCGGCCAGGCGCCGGGCUGCGCGAGCGCCGGUUCCCGGCGGGCUCCCAGGAAGCGAGGCGCGCGCCAUGGAACAGCGGUUAGCCGAGUUCCGAGAGGCCCGGAAACGGGCCGGGCUGGCGGCCGAACCCAGCAAUUUCUGGCAUUUUAAUGUUUUUGGAUUGGAAGCCGCUCAGCCUGGGAGCAGCACGUCCCAGCCCCCACGGAGGACAGCCGUUCCCCCACCGUUGCCGCGGGACCAGUCCUUCCUGACCAGCAUCACCUUCUUGAAGGUUCUUCUCUGGUUGAUCCUGCUGGGACUGUUUGUGGAACUGGAAUUUGGCCUGGCUUAUUUUGUCCUGUCCUUGUUCUACUGGAUGUAUGUCGGGACGCGAGGUCCCGGGGAGAAGAAGGAGGGAGAGAAAAGCGCCUACUCUGUGUUCAACCCGGGCUGCGAAGCCAUCCAGGGCACCCUGACUGCAGAGCAGUUAGAGCGCGAGUUACAGUUUAGACCCCUGGAGGGGAGAUAGGAGCAGUUCUGCUGCACGCCUUGGCCCUCCUAGCCCUUGGCCGUGGACUUGUGGGGUUGUUCAGGUGCCCCAGACUGAGGACAGCUUGCAGGCUAGUCCUGUGACCGCGCAGUUCUACCUGUUUUCCCUGAUCUGCUGCAGUUUUAUCUUCGAACUUCUCUUUGGUUUUGGUGAAAUUCCCUGAAAGAUACUCACUGUGUAUUUGAUGCAAUUAUAAAAAUUACAUACUGGAGCGGAGACCUGUUUGUGUCCUGAUGUCGAGAGAUGGUUUAAGAGCACUACAGAGGCACUGGGGAGCUGACUGUGAAAACAGCCAGCUGUUUGUUGUGACGGUCAGGUCCAUGGGACUGUACACUAAAAGUAAAUGUUCUCUGUAAGUCUU